GUCCCGCCACUGUGCUGGUGUUGGGGUCCCAGUGGGAGAGACUGUGCUGGUGUUGGGGUACGCAGGGUGCUGAUUUAGGGGUACCGGUGGGGGAACACGGUAUAUACGGCGUGUACAGCGUUUGGUGGCUCUGGGGUACGCGGCUGUGUGCCCACCGUCACCAUGGCAACAUCAGAGCCCCCGUGCUCUCGCAGGCUGGCACUGGACUGCCGCACGCUCCUGGACCAUCGGGUGGGCAGCGGUGUGUGUGGCUGUUGUGGGGCCCUGAGGCCUCGCUAUAAGAGGCUGGUGGAUAACAUCUUCCCCGAGGACCCCGAGGAUGGCCUGGUGAAGGCCAACAUGGAGAAGCUGACGUUCUACGCCCUGUCAGCACCGGAGAAGCUGGACCGGAUCGGAGCCUACCUGUCAGAGCGCCUGUCCCGCGACGUGGCCCGACACCGAUACGGCUACGUGUGUAUUGCUAUGGAGGCGCUGGACCAGCUGCUGAUGGCGUGCCACUGUCAGAGCAUCAACCUGUUCGUGGAGAGCUUCCUCAAGAUGGUGCGCAAGCUGCUGGAGUCGGACAAGCCCAACCUGCAGAUCCUCGGCACCAACUCAUUUGUGAAGUUUGCCAACAUAGAGGAGGACACCCCGUCGUACCAUCGCAGUUAUGACUUCUUCGUGUCGCGCUUCAGUGAGAUGUGCCACUCUGGCUAUGAGGACCCCGAUAUCCGCACCAAGAUCCGCAUGGCGGGCAUUAAGGGACUCCAGGGUGUGGUGAGGAAGACGGUGAAUGACGAGCUGCAGGCCAACAUCUGGGAACCCCAGCACAUGGACAAGAUCGUCCCCUCCCUGCUGUUCAACCUGCAGUCUGGAGAGGGCACUGAGAGUCGUUCCCCGUCCCCUCUGCAGGCGGAGAAGGAGAAGGAGAGUCCAGUGGAGUUGACCGAGCGCUGCUUCAGAGAGCUGCUGGGACGCGCCGCCUACGGCAACAUCAAGAACGCCGUCACCCCCGUACUCAUGCACCUGGAUAACCACUCCCUGUGGGAGGGCAAGAGCUUUGCAGUGCGCUGCUUCAAGAUCAUCAUGUACUCCAUCCAGUCGCAGCACUCCCACCUGGUGAUUCAGCAGCUGCUGGGCCACCUGGACGCCAACUCCAAGAGCUCCGCCCCAGUGCGUGCUGGGAUAGUGGAGGUGCUGCUGGAGGCCGCCGCCAUCGCCGCCAGCGGCUCCGUGGGUCCCACCGUGCUGGAGGUGUUCAACACACUGCUCAGGCACCUGAGGCUGAGUGUGGACUACGAGCUGACUGGCUCCUACGACUGCACCAAUCUGGGCACCCGGGUCAUCAAGGAGCACGAGGAGAGGCAGCUGCAGGAGGCCGUCAUCUGCACCAUCGGCUCCUUUGCCAACACACUCCCCAACUACCAGAGGUCAGAGGUCAUGCUCUUCAUCAUCAGCAAGAUCCCCCUCCCUGGCAUGUACCAUGUAUCCAUGGCCUCAGCAGACUCCGGGCCUGAGGGGAACAGGAUGAUCCAAGUGAUGCUGCUCAAGUCUCUCAGACAGGUGACGGAGGGCUUUGUGACGACCAACAUGCUGACGGCGCUGCCCAGCUCCUUCCUGGAGCCUCUGCUGUGCCUGGCGCUGCUGGAGGACCCCGAGGUGCGUCUGCUCGUGCUGCAGGUCCUCGUCAGCAUCAUCGAUCGCCACGACAACAAGCCCAAGUUCUCCUCCAUCAGCAUCAUCUCUGACAUCUCGGUGCUCAAACUGAAGGUGGAUAAGUGCUCCCGACAGGACAACCUCUUCAUGAAGAAGCACUCUCAGCACCUGUACCGCCACAUCUACCUGUGCUGUAAGGAGGAGUCGAGCGAGCAGCCGCACUUUGAGAUGCUCUACGCCCUGCUGGCCCUCGUCUCCAUGGAGCUGGCCACGGAAGAGGUGGUGGUGGACCUCAUACGCCUCGCCCUCGCCCUGCAGGUACACACACACACACACACACACACACACACAACACACACACACACACACACACACACACACACACACACACACACACACACACACACACACACACACACCGUGAUCGAGGUGAGACAGAAGGAGGCGGCGCACCUGCUUCCUGAGGACGUGUUCAUCGAGAGUCCCCGGAUGCCGGCGUCGCUGGCAAGGGUGGAGGGGGACGUGCUGUUCCUGCAGAGUAAGAUCGCUGAGGUGCUCGGCGGCAGCGGCUACAACAACGAGAAACUGGCCACGCCAUUCGUCCCCCAGUUCACAGAUGAGGACCGGCUGUCUAAGAGGAAGAGCAUCGGGGAGACCAUCUCACUGCAGGUGGAGGUGGACUCAAGAAACAGCCCAGAGAAAGAGGAGAGAACCCCUGCUGAGGAGAUCACCUUCCAGACCCUGAAGAACGCCAUUGUUGAUAGUGUGGGGAUGGAGGAGCAGGAGAGGGAGCGCAGGAGACAGGUGGUGGAGAAGUUCCAGAAGGCCCCCUUUGAGGAGAUAGCUGCCCACUGCGGUGCCCGAGCUACGAUGCUGCAGAGUAAACUCAACCAGAUCUUUGAGAUCACCAUCAGGCCUCCCCCGAGUCCCUCCGGCACCAUCACGGCAGCGUACGGCCAGAGCCAGACUCGCUCGGUGCCCGUCUACGAGAUGAAGUUCCCCGACUUGUGUGUGUAUUAGGCAUACACACACACACACACACACCGUCUACGAGAUGAAGUUCCCCGACUUGUGUGUGUAUUAGGCAUACACACACACACACACACACACACACACACACCGUCUACGAGAUGAAGUUCCCCGACCUGUGUGUGUGUUACACCACCGGGGGGCGCUAUAGCUGCCUCACCAUACCCCCCUCCCCCCUUUAAACCCCGCCCCUCCUCUCAGUGACCUGCUCUGAUUGGAUGCAGCUCGGCCAAUGGGGAUUGGUGCUGGGACUGACUGCAGGGUGGGACUGCUUUGCAUCGGACAGGCUGAAGAAGAAAAACAACAACAACAAUAAGACAAGACAAGACAAACAUCAACACACACAUCAAACAAACAUCAACAACACCCACAUCAAACAAACGGCUGGGCAUAAGUGAGCUGUUUCUAUAGAAGUGUUUGAGCCGCGCAGCGUUUACAGAUCAGGAUCAUCUGUCCUCCUGUUGGAGCUCUCUUCUCCCUGACGGAACCGCCAGUCUGUUCUCUGGGGAACCCUGUUCAGUCCUGUGUUGGUCUAGAACAUUCUCACGGGUUCUCACAGGUUCUCCAUCUCACGUGACAUGACCUGUCGUCAUGACAACAUUGUUCUCUCCUGGUCUUCCUCCCUCUCUCUCUCCCUCUCUCUCCCUGUCUCUCUCUCUCUGUCUCUCUCUCUCUCUCUCUGUCUCUCUCUCUCUCUCUCUCUCUGUGUGUGUGUGUGUGUGUUGAUUCUUUCAAACACAUGUUAGACACACUAAGGUCAACUGUGGAAUGCCUGCUGAGGUAUUUCUAUGUAGUUUCCUGUGUGCUCAUUUUAAUUAGGUUAACGUUACUACUGUGUGUUACAUUAUGCCUUUUUAACACGUCUUUUGCGUUUUAAGCCAUUAACUUAAUUGUGCUGCAUAUUUAUGCCGUUUUCUUUUAUAUCAACGUAUAUGCUUACUAAUGCUUAUUGUGCUGCAUCUAUAAUUUAUGCUUUUUUCUUUUAUAUUAACAUAUGCUUACUAAUGUUUAUUGUGCUGCAUCUAUAUAUUUAUGCUUUUUUCUUUUAUAUCAACGUAUGCUUACUCAUGUUUUUUUAAGCUUGCGCUGCCUUUGCCUUUAAUUUGCUGGUGUGUUGCAUGCCUGCUGUGUUCAUGUCCAAAGAUGCAGAAGCCUCGAGUGUUACAGCAGGAGGAGGAGGUGCGUGCGUGCGUGCGUGCGUGCGUGCGUGCGUGCGUGCGUGCGUGCGUGCGUGCGUGCGUGCGUGCGUCAGGCCUGCUCCAUGUUACGCUCCUGUCUAGAGCUGGGAAGUAGUGCGCCACCUUGUUUCUGUUUACAGGCCAGACGCUGUUUGUUUGUUUGUUUGUUUGUUUGUUUGUUUGUUUGUAUACUGACUGAGCUGAGGGAAGUCACACUGUCCACUGUGCUCAACCAAACGCUCUCUCUUGUCCUGUCCCUCGUGGGCUGAGCUGCCGAUGUAUAUGUAUAUCUGUGUUUACGCUAGAGAUUUUAAUCAAAUAUAUUAUUUUGAACAAAACUAAUGCUGUAGACUGCACUGAACUGACCAAACACGCCAGUAGGGCAACUAGAGGAGAUGAAACUCAUACUAGAGGUUAGUAGAGGUCACUAGAGGUCGUUAAGGUCACUAGAGGUCGUUAGAGGUCACGGGAGGUCCCCCCUGGCGCUGUUUGUGCUGUUGCCUUGGGAGCAGCAAGCUGUGGUCAUAUUAUCUGGAGCGAAGAGCUCUCUCUGGCCGAUUGCCCUUAGUAACAACCUAGCAAAUACUGUGUGUGUGCAUGUGUUUGUAUACACUGACAGAAUUGACGGUGUGCGUGUUGCGUGCAUGUGUGUUUGUGUGCGUAUGCUGACAGAAGUGUGUCUCACAGUGUCAUUGUCAGUAGCUGUCAGUAGCCCACUGCUCUGCCCGCACUAUUCCAUACCAUUCCAUUCUCUCAUCUCUACGUCUGACCAGUCCUGUUAUUAAAACAGCGUACUGCACAAUACAUAUAACCACUGUGGCAUUACCAUUGUCCAUUAUCUGUGUGUGUGUGUGUGUGUGUGUGUGUGUGUGUGUGUGUGUGUGUGUGUUUCAGUACGUUAUAGUACCCAAUGUGCGCUGGGUCAUGGUUUAUUUUUUAAUACGGUGACUUGCUUUUAACUGUUAAGUGUUUGUGUGUGUGUGUGUGUGCUUUGAGUUUUUCAUCUCUAGUGUCCCUAAGUAGUGCUGUACGUUAGCCUGAGGUUGUGCGUACGUUAGCCUGAGGUUGUGCUGAACGUGCCAAAUUACACCAGGCUAGUCUACAGUACGCGCCCACCCUGCCAGCCUGGAGGUAAUAAGUUAAGAACUAAUAAAGUCUAUUUUCAUACAGUC